CAUACCGUAAAUGUGAAUUUCUUACACUAUUUUUGAAAAUAGCGUGGCCAAUCAAAAAUCUCCGGUUAUAAUAUCUGACCGUUGCUGGCCUUGAUUAUUCUGACAGUGACAGCCGAUGUGACAGCGGUCCGUGUAGGUUAGGUUUUCCUCGUGUUCCUACAUUUAAAAAAUAAUAAUGUGUUCACGGGACCUUUGGGAGCGUGAUAAUAAUCAGACGUCCUUGCCACCGAUUCCCAAAUCUGCGACGUCAUUGCAGACGCAGGAAUCACAGCAAAGAUAUCCACAAGAUCCAUGCACCCCUUCAACUUCUAGUGGAAAGAAAAGCAGGUUUCGGUUUAGCGAAGCUGAAAGAAUAAAAAGCAUAAAGGAGCUGUUCAAUCUUUUAUGUGAGGGGGAUUUUGCAACAGAAGAACAGUUGUGGAAAAACUUACAUUUUGUUUUGUGCUAUGACAGUGAUAGAUUCAAAAGUUGCAGUUUGAGAUUAUUGAAAGAGCACAUGCUGGAACAAGUAGUCAAAUACAAGAAAUAUGAUUCAGAAGAGGCUACUGAGAGUGGAAAGGAGCGUUUGCACACAGAGUGGGGAGAUGCUAUGAGGACGUUGUUGACAGUGUGGUACAAUUACGAAUCUAUUGUAAAUUUAGAAGCUGAGAAGAAAACCAAGAAACCUGGACGUCCUCGGAAAGAAGCAACUAUGAAAAAAAAUGAUGAUGUGGCUGCAGCCAAGGCGAUUAGGGAAGCUGCUUUGCAGACAAUAGAGAAUAAUAGUUCCUUUUCAGAAAAUAUCAUAAUAGAAUUAACUGAUGUUGAUGAUAGUGAUAACACUGAUUAUGGACUGCACUAUAUUAACAGCAAUGACGCUGAGUUUCAGGAUGAUACUGAAUCUACCAAUAAUUGUCCUAAUGCGCCUAGAGCUAAAGGUGUCAAGAGAAAACAUACCACACAAGCAGUGAAAACUAGAAAUUCAUCUACUUCCCAAGGUAAUGGAGUUUUCUUGUACUUGUCAGACAAAACAAGAGUUGAGAAUGAACUUAGAAAAGAAGAAUUGCGUUUAAGAGAACGGCAACAUGCUGAUACCAUCAAACUCCAGCAAGACGAGAUUGCCUACAAAAAAGCAAAGUUGGAAUUCGAAGAAAGGAAGUGGCAGCAGCAAUAUGAAGAAAAGCAAAGUGAUAAUCAAAGAAAUGAUACUAUUAUCAAGCUUCUUGAGGCCGUUUUAAAUUCUGGUGUUCUAAAAAAAAAUCCUUGAAUUAAUUUUUUAAGUAACUUUGUAAUAAAACUUCAUAUUUGGUCGAAGCUGUUUAUUUGAAACCACAGUAA